AUGGACGUGCUCUUCCCUUUAGAGUCCGCGCUCGGUCCUUCCGACGAUGCUUUGCUCUCGCCCCCUCCUCCUUCCGCCGCCGGCUCGACUUUCUCUCCAACGGCUAUCGCCGCAGCGUGGAAAUCCGUACACGAUGCCGCGGCUGGUGCGGCGGAUUUCGACGCGGAUUCAGCUGCGUCGCCGGAUUCCCCGUUGACGCAUGACCAACUCGUCGCCCUGCGCCCGCAUUUGACGCUCCUGCGGCGGCUGCGCUUCAUCCUCGCGGCUCGGGAUGCCCAAGCCGCGUCUCUGGUCGCGCUGCUAAGACGUCUCGAUGCGCGAAAAGCGGUGAAUGUGGACGUAUUCGCCUCUGAAGAAGCAGGAGCACCAGGAAUCGCGGCGGAGAUCGCGGCGAGCUGCCUGCUGGUUGUGGGGGCGUGGAUCAGGAAGGUGCGGCAGCAGUCCGCUGCGGUUAAGAGGCAGGGGGGCGGUCAAGGCAGCACGGUUGCUGGAGGAGAGACAGGAGAGAAAGGAGAGAGAGGUAGGGGGGUGGGUGGGCUUCAUGGUGUCACUGGCGCGCAGUGGCGGGUGAUCAGUGGCAGUAUCGACGCGGCUCGUGCGGUCAUUGGCAGAGGCCAUGGCGCGUGCGACCCUGGGGAUUGUCGUGGGCUCGGUGGCGGGGAUGGAGUGGAUGUGACAGCAGUGGGAGGGUGCGUGUCAGCUGCUGUGUACCUCCUUGAACCGCCGUCCAUGUCCUUCCCUGCGCUGCUCUCGUCCCUCCUCUGCCUCUGGCCUCUGGCAUACAAGCCUGCACCGCUGCAAUCCACAGGAGUCACUUUAGCAGCAGGAGGAGACGCCACACUAGGAGACGUCACAGCAGCAACAGCAGCAGCAGCGGUGCUAGUGGGACCGGAUGUGCCCCUGUGGUCAGCAGUGGUGCGAUGCCUUGAGUUCAUCACUGCUCGCACUGCCGUGCUGCUCCCACCCGCACAAACAGCCUCUCUCCUCCUCUCCCUACACUCUGUACUUGCCUCAGCCCUGCCCUCCCCCACCCAUCCAUCCUUUCCCGUGCCUCUCACCCCCCUGAGUGCGCCAGUGGCAGUGCUGUGUGUGAGCGGUAUCCUGAGGGGUCUGUAUGCCGCGCGCUAUCACCACCUCUCGGAGCAGAGAAGAGUGGCGGCAGGUGGGGUGACGGAAAAGACGGAGGGUCGGGGGGGCGAAGGGGUGUCUCCUGCGGGACUUCCUCAUGACCUGUGUUGGACCAAGGCACCCCUUCUUGCUGCUGCUGCUGCUGUUGUUGCGACGGAUGAUGGAGAGAGGAGCAACAGUGGCAGUAAUAGCAGGGAGCAGCGGCAGUGGGCAGCUCUUGUGUUCCUGAGAGCAGUAGCAUUCUCCCUGAGCCAGGUCAUGGCAGGGGGCAGGACCGGCCUCAUGACUGUGUGUGUCUCGAGGGGGACUGGGGCUGCCACGGAUGGUGCAGCACUAGAGUGCAUGGCCGCUGCUGUGCUGUGUGACAGUCUACAGCUCGGCCCGUGGCAUGCUGGCGCUGCUUCCCUUGCGCUGCACACACAUGCAGAUGCAGAGACCCAUGCAGUAGCACAAACACAUCCGGCAGUGCAGGUCGCACAGGCAGCACACGCACCAGUAUACGCUGAAACACAGACACAACCCCAAGCACCACAAGGGGUUUCAGAGGGGUUGGAGACGGUGAAGUUUCUCAAUGGGUUGGAAGCGGUGGAAGGGUAUACCCUAGCAGCGAGCAGGCAGGUGGUGGCAGCGCUGCCGCUGUGGGUGGAAGGGCCUUGGAUGCAGCAGGCAGGGGCGAUGGCGCGCUGUGUGUGUGACCUGGUGGAGGGCUCUCACGGCCUGGCAGCGCUGCACACUGCUGCUAUCAACGCCAUGGAACCCGUUGUUGCUGCUGGUGAUGUUGGGAGAGGAGCAGGAGAGACAGGAGCAGGAGGAAGAGGAGGAGGAAAGGAGAAAGGGUUGAAGGCAGCAGCAGGGUCUGGAAGCAAAGGAGGGCGUAGGCGUUCUGCAAGUCCUGCAAUUUCUGCCAAAUCUCUCGCACCCUUCCCGGCCCCUCCUCCUCCUCUUCCUCCUGUCGUUCCCAUAUCCCACCGCGCAUCGCUCGUGUCCCUCGCACACACCUUCACCCGCUUCUCCCUCUCCCUCAACUGCUCCCAUCGCAUGUUUACUGCGUCCCUGCACACUCUUGCCACCACUUCAGCAGAAGCAGCAGCAGCCGGCACUAAGGCUGGCGCUGCUGCUGCUAUAUCGGGAGCGAAUGGAGUUGGGAGUAAUGUCCGCGAUCGAAGAAGCAGCAUCAAGCCCAGCCAUGCGUCCAACCUUGCAUUGCUGCAGAGAGCAGGAGAGGCAGCAACAAUGGUGAGGGCUGGUGCGUUUGCGGCCACAUGUGUUGUACUGACUAGCAUCAGCAACACUGUGGCUGCUCUUGCUGCAAAGGAGGAGGAGGACGGAGAGGAGGAGGACGAGUCACUCACAGAUGCGAGACUGGCAAGUACGGCUGCAGCAGCGCCUGCAGCGACGCCUGCAUCAGCAUCAGUCAAGGCAGAAGCUACAGCGUCUGCUGCAGAAAUGAGAGUAGGCGACAGGGUGUGUGACACUGCUGAUGAAGGGAACGAGGUCGCGGGGAGGAACGGGGAGGAUGGAGAAAGGGAUUGGAAUGGCAGAAGCGGGGUGGAGGGCGGAGUUGAUUCGGCAAGGAAAAUGGAAAGGGUGGCAUGGGCAUGGAGGGACUUGCAGGGCAGAGUGGCAGUGGAGGCGUUGACUAGCUUGGCCUGGCUUGACUUCUCACGAAUCAACGUCGGUCAACUCUUUCCGAACCUCGUUGCAGCGAGUGUGGACUCGGUUAAAGGGGGGGAGGGGGGAGGCACGAGGAGAAGUGGAGGUGGUGGGAUGGGCUCCGUGCUGCCAGUGCUUGCGUCUGUGACCCCUCCCUCGCGCGCAUACCACUGGCAGCACGACCCUGCUGCCUCCUCUGCGCUGCUCUUCCUCUUCCGGGCUCUGCCCGCUGCCCUGCCGCGCCUGCCCCUGCGCCUCUUCCUCCACCACCUGGCACCACUCAUCGUCAUAACGUAUCUCGCACGCACGUACGUGCUGUGCUCUCUAUCUCCCCACAUGUACCUCAGUGUGGGCGUCAUGUACCUCAGUGUGGGCGUCAUGUACCUCAGAGUGGGCGUCAUGUACCUCAGUGUGGGCGUCAUGUACCUCAGUGUGGGCGUCAUGUACCUCUCUGUCACCCAUCCGCCUCGCCCCCCCUGCUCCUUGUCGAUUCACAACCCUACUGUCUGCCCUACCUCCGUGACCGUCCCCAUUCUCCGCCCAUCCCCCUCCUCCAGGCACCUGUCCCAUCCGCAGCCGAAUCUGUGCUCUGCCGCACACACUCUCCUCGCCUCCUUCCUCUCCCUCCACACUGACUCCCUUCUCCUCCUCGCUUACCCGCCUUCUUGCCCUCCUCAACCUCCCCGCUCCGCACCUGCCUUUCCUUCGUCCAUGCUCUCUGCUCUUCCUUCUCUCCGCUUCCGUACCAAAGCACCCCGCACUUCUUCUCGUCGCACCAGCACAGCCAGUACUGGGCCGAGAAGCAGCGCAGCUGGUGGUGCGAGCGAGAGUGUUGAGACGUCUGCAAGCAGCAGCACAGGUACAUUGCGUGGUGCGGAGCAAGGGGAGAGUGGCAAUGCGGGGGGCAGUGGCGCUGACGGCAGGGAAGGGGGCGCAGAGCAACAGCAGCAGAAUCAGCAGCAGCGACUGAAUCAGCAGCAGCAGCAGCAGCAGCAGCAGCAGGAAGAGGAAUCGAAGCGGGUGUUGGAAGAGAUAGAAGGAGUGGCACUUGCGUAUGUGGAAGAGUCAGUCAAGUGCUUCCCUGCCGUCACGCCCUUCGAUGCCUUUCGCCAAGGCCUUGGGUCCAUUGCUCGCUGCCUUCCCCCCGGCCGCCCGGCCACUGUGCUGUGCUUCCGCCUCAUGUCCCGCCGCGUGCUCUGCCUCGUCUCUGCUGCUGCUGCUGCAGAGGGCAGGGAGGGGAGCAAGGGCAACAGGGUGGGUGGAAUAAUGGCAGAGAGAGCAGGGAGUAAUGGGGAUGAGAGACAAGGCAUGGGUGAGAAGCUGAGGCAGGAACAGAUGGGGAUGGGGAACAAGCAGGGUGGGUCUGAAUGGGAGGCCGCACACGGUGAGGCGGCGGCAGCAGGUGUGAGCGACAAGCCGGAGAAGAGGGGUGCAGAUGGUGAGAGUGAGGUGCAAGCAGGCGACGCUGGUGGAUGGCGCCAGUUGCUGCAGCUGCUGCUUCAUCUCAUCCCGAUAGUGGAUGUGCAGGUUCUCCCUUUGCUGCUGCAAGAGGUGGCAUCAACCCUGGUGGCUAUCCGCCCUGUACCGCCCAUGCUUGUGGCCUUCUUCCAGACGCUCUCCUUCAUGUGCAACCAUACUGGCACUAAAUCCAAGCUGUAG